UGAAAACCAAUAUGUCAAAAUUACCUCCCUGUCAUACAUGUGUUUGUUGACAAUCACGUGUAAAUAUCAACAUCUUAUCUGAUAAUUAUGGCUGCAGCCGAUGACAAGAGUCUGCCCGAUUUCGAUUCUUCGGAACUGGGAACAAAAGAAUUUUGGGAUACGACAUAUGGAAAAGAAGUGGAAAAUUUCAAUGACAUUGGAGAUGUGGGUGAGAUAUGGUUUGGUGAAGAAACGAUGGAGAAGGUUGCUGAUUGGCUAGAGAACUGUGCUGAUGUCCACACAGAUGACCCCAUCAUUGACCUUGGGUCUGGGAAUGGCAUGAUGUGUAUAGAACUGUGCAAGCGAGGUUUCACAAGGUUGACAGGGGUAGAUUAUUCUGAGCUGGCAGUCAUGCUGUCCAAGUCAGUUGCAUCUUCGGAGGGCUUUGGCAAUAUUGAAUUUGAGACAGGAGACCUGAUCAGUGAAGAGCGACCAAACCCUUGCACGUGUCUCACAAGGAAAUACAAGGUGGUUCUAGAUAAAGGCACGUACGACGCCAUCAGCCUCAUGCCCGGGGACUCUGUCUCAGCCCGCAUGCACUACCUCGCUACAGUGAAAGAAUUGAUGACCAGUGAUGGCAUAUUCUCCAUAACAUCGUGUAACUGGACAAAGGAUCAGUUGCUGGAGUUCUUCAAAGAGCAUUUUACUCUACAUGACGAGAUCAAGUUCAAGACGAUACAGUUUGGAGGGGUCACUGGGAGUACAUACACAAGUCUUAUCCUUAAACAAACCUACAGUGACACAUAUGUCUUACAGCAGACUUAAAUUAAAAGAAAGGCUUUUUGGGAUUAGCUUGAUAUCUCCUGAGAUGUAUCUUGGGAUGAAGGGCAGUGUGUUUUGUCCAACAGUCUACCUAUGAUCGUGCUUAGCAUGGAUUUGAUAAUACCUUCAUGAACUGGCAGUCGAAGCAAAUAAUUGUGAUUUCUCAUUCUAGAAUCUGAUUUUUUUACCGUUGUCAUAAUUCAGCAAAAUCAAUGCUAAAUUUGCACCGACUGUACUUCGAACAAAAUCUGUAUUUUAACAACUGAUCUAUAUAUAGAAUCCAUUAAAACUGUGUUCAAUUU